AUGUCCAAGCUCAAAUGGAUCCUCCACAAGGCGGCGGUAGAGAGUGAGCCGGGGCUCACUAAUGCCCAGAUGAUGUUGACGAACAGUGAUUUACGGCCAGUGGACCCGGAACGACGUCAAUGGAAAUGGCUGAACUAUGUUGCUUUCUGGAUUGCGGACUCGUUGAACAUCAAUACAUGGAUGAUUUCCUCCUCCAUGAUCGUUGAUGGACUUUCCUGGUGGCAGUCCUGGAUCUGUGUCUGGGUUGGAUACUUUGUGGCAGCGUGCUUUGUGUGUCUGACUGGUCGCAUUGGCGCUGUUUAUCAUAUCUCUUUUCCAGUCGCAGCUCGAGCUUCAUUCGGAAUAUGGGGCUCUUUCUGGCCUGUGCUGAAUCGCGUGGUGAUGGCGAUUAUUUGGUAUGGCGUGCAAAGCUAUAUCGGAGGCCAGUGUGUGACUUUGAUGAUCGAGGCGAUCUGGCCCAGCUAUCGGAAUCUUCCCAAUGGCCUCCCGGCCAGUGCUGGCGUUGAUACUAAGAAUUUUGUCAGCUUCUUCUUGUUCUGGCUGCUCUCGCUUCCAGCUCUGUGGUUCCCUGUUCACAAAGUCCGCCAUUUGUUCACCGUCAAGGCCAUUUACUCCCCUAUCGCCGCCAUUGCUUUCUUUGCUUGGGCCAUCUCCCGUGCUCAUGGUCUCGGUCCGAUUAUUCACCAGUCUAACACCGUCCAUGGAAGCGAUCUGUCAUGGGCGAUGGUGAAAGGAAUCAUGUCAUGCAUCGGUAAUUUCGCAGCUCUGAUCAUGAACGACCCCGAUUUCUCCCGUUUUGCACGAACGCCGAAGGAUGCAUUGUGGUCCCAGCUAUUUACCAUUCCCAUCGGCUUCGGUGUCACCUCCUUCAUUGGUAUCAUCGUCUCCUCCUCCUCGUCGGUAAUCUUCCACGAUGGCUAUACCUGGAAUCCCCUCGAUCUCCUCGAAAAGUUCCUGGAUGGUGCCAGUUCUGGCCAACGCUUUGGCAUCUUCAUCAUUGCCACUGGAUUUGCCCUAGCCCAGCUUGGAACCAACAUCUCCGCCAACUCGAUCUCAGCAGGAACUGAUCUGGCUGCACUACUACCACGGUAUAUGAAUAUCCGACGCGGCAGUUACAUCUGCGCCAUCGUUGGUUUGGCCAUGUGCCCAUGGAACCUUGUCUCAACCUCAAAUAACUUCACAACCUACCUCUCCGCCUACUCCCUCUUCCUCUCCGCCAUCGCCGGCGUCAUGAUCUGCGACUACUACAUCGUCCGCAAAGGCUACCUAAACAUCCACUCCCUCUACAGCGCUAGCAAAUCAGACGCCUACUACUACACCUUCGGAUUCUCCUGGCGCGCCUACACCGCCUACAUCUGCGGUAUCAUGAUCAACAUCGUCGGGUUUGCCGGCGCCGUUGGCCCCAAGGUCCCAAUCGGGGCGCAAUAUAUCUACAACGUGAAUUAUUUCACCGGUGUGAUCGUUUCCGGUACGGUGUACUUGGCCUUGACCUGGCUCUUCCCCGUUCCUGAGACAAGCACUGUCUGGAAUGAGGUUGAUAUUGAUACUGAGGAUCUCUCUAUUGCUGGCAAGGAUCCUGAAGACUUGGAGGGGCGGGGUGAUGCUAGUCGGAGGUCAUAUGAUGAUGUGCUUGCGGAUCAGGAGCAGGAUCGGAAAGGUAUGAGGGCUUCGGGGAAGAAGGUUCGAAAGGAUUUUGGC